CACACACACACACACACACACACACACCAUACUAUUCUAGAUUCGAAUUCAGGCUCAGUCCCUUUCUGGCUGUGCAGCCCUUAAGCAGGUGUUUUUUACACCUGGGCUAUCAUGUAGGAAUGGCCACUGUACUACCUGCCUUCUGUUGUGGCAGUAUUUCACGGGUUGGUUUGUAAAAAGCACUUAAAAUGGUGUCUAGGGCACAGGAAGGGCCCUAUGAAACUUGAGUAUUUCUGGCACUUCCUUUUCAUAGCUGCAUAGUGCUUCACUCUAAGAAGAGACCAUAAAAUUGACUCACUCUAAAAAUAUUUAUCGAGCACCUAGUGUGUUUUGAAUCCCAGCUAGGAGCUGGUGGGAUAUGAGCCUGGUACCAAGUUCUCUGCCCACCACACCUGUGGAUACAUAGGUAAGUUGAGCAGGUACCAACGACGCUGACCAUCCUAACAAAGUGUGUCACAGAUGCGAUGGAUAUUGACAGGACAGUGACAGUGCUUUCAGAAGCUCUGCCCCGUUAGCACGGCCACCCCCAAACCAGGCUGGAACCCUCACUUUCAGGAUGGCAGAUUUGUUACUCAGGAAAGGUGCUGACGUGGACCUCACAGGCAUUCAGCUGGAAGUGGUGGCCCCAGCGAGGCCCCGGGGCGCGGCCACACCCUGGUGGGGAGGGGAGUGAGGCCGCCCGGUAGAGAGUGGACAGCCCCCCUGUCAGUCUUGCGAGUCCCGGAGUGUAAGCUGAGAAGGGAGAAGGUGGGCCUCAGCAGGGGGAGCGCGAGGAGGAACUUCCUGCCCCUGCUCGGAGGCGCUGAGCGCGCGGCUGGGGAGGCGCAGGCGGCAAGGUCGGGCUUGGACCGGGUGGCGGCCUGCCUAGGGGCGGGAGACCCUCCUGGGGGGCUGGGCAGCGGCCUCGAGCCCUCGGCCAUAUUGAAUAGCCUCUGCCGACUCGCCUUUGUGAAGUCCUCUCCCAAGUUCCAGGCGCGUCCCUGGGGCAGAAAGCGCCACGGGCACUUCGUGCGCCCCAGCUGGGAGCCAGCUUUGGCCGCUACCGGCUCACGUAAGCAUCCCGGGAACUGAUUCCCGCAAGCCCUCGGGGAGCGAACCGGAUUCAGUCGAGACCGAACUUCGCAGGCAGGGGAACAGGGCGGAGUUGGUGGGUCCCGGGCUGGAGCUGAGCCUGCGGCCGCCUGUUAGCGCCCCACCCCCCGCCGUCAAGACCAGGGCUUCGUGAAGUUUGGGCUCGUUGCCCCCCACCCCAGAUUCCACCCUGGAGAUCUUAAAGACCCUCGAGAAAAGCCAUGUGGGGGGCUGGUUCCCCUGGGGGUUCCUCCCGUCCCCCGACUGCUUGAUCCUCUGGAGCGUCCCGGAUGUCUGCAAAGAUGUGGACCUGGAUGUCCUGGUGGAGGCCCUGAAGCCCGUGGGGACCUUUAAGAAGAUCGGCAAAGUGUUCCGCCGGGAGGAGGACUCCACGGUGGGGAUGCUGCAGAUCGGGGAGGACGUGGACUACCUGCUCAUCCCGCGGGAGGUCAGGCUGGCCGGGGGCGUCUGGAGGGUCAUCUCCAAGCCCGCGACCAAGGAGGCCGAAUUUCGCGAGCGGCUCACCCAGUUUCUGGAGGAAGAAGGCCGCACCCUGGAGGAUGUGGCCCGCAUCAUCGAGAAGAGCACCCCGCACCCGCCUCAGCCCCCCAAAAAGCCCAAAGAGCCCCGAGUGAGGAGGAGAGUCCAGCAGGUGGAGACCCCGCCCCCCCGGCUGAUCGUGGGCACCUAUGACAGCAGCAAUGCCAGCGACAGCGAGUUCAGCGACUUUGAGACGUCCAGAGGCCGGCGCGGCGCCGAGGGGCCGGAGGGCGGGCCAGGGGCUGCCGGUGAUCACAACGCGGAGCCUGUAGCUGACCAGAGGGCAGAGGCCGUGGCCGGCCAGGGGGCAGGGGCUGCAGCUGUCCAGAGGGCCGAGCCCACAGAGCAUGGGAGGGAGGCGGCCCCCACUGUGGAGGGGGCAGCCGCUGCAUCUGAUGGGACACAGGCUACAGCUGACCAGGGGGCAGGAGAAGCUGCUCACCAGAGGGCAGAGGUCCCAGCUGUCCAGGAAGCCGAAGCCUCUGCUGCCCAGGGGCCUCCCAGGGCACCCCCGGGAGCUCGGGCUCGGAAACAGGUCAAGACAGUGAGGUUCCAGACCCCAGGGCGCUUUUCCUGGUUUCACAGGCGCCGGAGAGCCUUCUGGCACACCCCCCGGGUGCCAGCUCUGCCCGGGAGAGUCCCCAGGGCGGGCGAGGCCAGGAGCCUCAGGGUGCUGAGGGCUGAGGCUAGAGCAGAAGCGGAGCAGGGCGAGCAAGAGGACCCGCUGUGAGGUGGCGGUGGGCUGAGGGACCCCAACACCUGCCCAGUCAGCCCAGCGUGAGCCCCUCCCCACUGGGGCAGAGAUGAGUGGAGGGAAGGUCAGGCACGCCCCUCCUCCCCGCCUGACACCCCUCUUUUUUUCUUGUUAAAUUGUCCUGCAUCGAUUUUUAAAAAAUACAGACUUUUUUUUUUUAAUAGCAACCCAAGGAAUGUAAACCCAUGGGGGGGCACAUUGCCCCCUCCAUUCCAGGUGCUUGAGCAAGAGAGGGGGUGGGGGAGACAUUCCUUUCCACCCCCCCUGUCCCCUGCACACCCCACAUGGACUGCCUCCUUGAACUUAAAAGGGGGUGUGAGCCAACUUGCCAAUAAAAGCA